AUGCUGAGCCCUUGCGGCGGAUUUGAUGCGUUUGAUCUUGAGGACGGCGGACCAGCAGUCGGAGAGGUUGAGAUGGCGCUCGAAGACGUCCGUGGAGUAAGUGUUGACGAUGCUGUGUCUGUUGGCGUGGAUGUUGGUGUUGACGAAGAUGUUGAUAAAGGUGUCGAUGAAGAAGCUGGUAGUGAUGAUUCUACCGUAGGUGCCAAUUGCAAUGAUGAUGUUGAGGUCGAAGACACUGGUUCGCCCGCAACCGCUACCAGCGCAAACAAGUUUGCCGUAUCACUGCAACAGCUCGCAUCCCUACAACACCAACUGUCGUCUCCGCAUUCCCUCACUGGCAUAUUAUCGGCCUGCCACUUUCUAACAUCAAUAUCGCCAAUCAUCGUGCGCAACAAUACAACUUACUAUGCUUUCAUUGCAGACGUUUCCCAGACAUUCCACACUCUGCCAUGUCGGAUCUAUACACCCUUGUCUCCACCACAACUCCACACCUUCAUUUGUUCCGUCAAAAGCUUCGUAAUUCUGGCAUAG